AUGUCGGACUCCUCCAUCAACGCAGAAUAUGUAUCAAGAGGCAAGCGGAACGUUCCCAAAGCUACGUACAAGCAGCGAUGGAGAGCAACUGGAGUGUCGAAAGCUCAUCCAAGAAUCACAUCCCGUCUCCACAUGUUACCGACUGGAAGAUCAUUGGAAAGAGGCCAGACGGAAAGAUCUUCGCAUGAAGAAAAUGACCCUCCUUCCCGCUUUAAACAAGAUAUAGUUGAGGUGAAAAGAAAUACAUCAGAUCCCAAAAACCCUACCAGAACUCCCGCAACCUCUGUCCACGCCCUGUCCCGGAGGACCAACAACCAAAUUCUGAAGACCCAGCAAAGUCCUUCAAGAACCGACAUUUCCAAUAUUCUCUCCGGUAUUAAUAUCACAAAGCCCGCCUUUCAGGUCUAUCGCGAUAUUGACACGGAGCACGAGAGAUGGCAAGGGGAAGGCAUUGGCAAAACUGGCAUGACCGAAGAAACUAAGAAAUCAUCGCAGCGGAAGAGAACAACCGUCAAUAGAGACGUCGCUAAUAAAACCCCGACAUAUUCAAGUAUUGGUAGUAAGGGGAGCUCGUAUCCCCAUCAGCAAACAGAAUACACCCCGAGUGACAUGUCCUUGUCAUCUCCCAGUUCCUCUCGCACGGUGCACAGUAGGAAUUUGAGCUCGCAUUUGGAAAGUUUACCUCCACCUUUGCCUAUAGUUAAACCACCUCUUUUUCAAAUCGCAUUGCAAAAGACAUCGGACAAGCAACCUUCCAAAAUAACCGACUACCGCACGCCGCCAUCACCAUGGGUUUAUACGAGCUCCCCUCCGCGGCGUAGGUCAAGACCAGUAUCGCGCGUUUGGCAGAAUUUGACGUUGAUGGCAGGGGAAGAUGACAGCCCGUUCCUUGAUCAGGUCUUUCGAAGUCUGCUCCCACAGCCGCGUAGAAGUUGGUCCGACGGCGUUGCGGAUGAUAAUCCUUUCAUUGUGACAGAGGAAGUGCGAGAGGAAUUUGGGCCACAAAACCUAUUCAGCGACUUUAUGGAAAAUCAGGAUGUAACUUUGGAAGAUCCUUUAAUUACUGGCCGGGGAGAGUUCACAGACAUGGGACGGGCAACUGUGGAAGCCCAGCAUCCCAUCAAGUUACACAUGAAGGUACAGAUUGAGGCUCUACCAACAACCUGCGACGUUGAUGAAAUUACUAUGUAG